AUGGUUUACCGAGGACCCUCCAAAGACUGCUUGCCAUGCAGGAAACGCAAGCUCAAGUGCGACCUGCGCAAGGAUGGAUGCGGCCAAUGUCUGCGGGCCAAUAUCGCAUGCUUUGGCUACCGGGAUACAAACGAUCUCAUCUUCCGCGACCAGACACGCAGCGUCCAGCGCAAGAUGCUGUCUUCCAAAGCAACGACUGUAUCUUUACAGCUUGGAGCUCUCAACCAUGUGAUAUUGCCCAACGGCAGCCGUCUUUCACCGCAGCCCCAGCCGGCUUGGCAUGUUCGUGCCCGUCAUGACUUCUUUGCGCACUAUGUAUACGGCCUAUCCAGCAGUUACGAUAUCCUGCCUGCCUUGUAUGAGAAAUCAAAGCCGGGAGACCACUUAUCUGCUAGUGUAGAUGCGGCCAGCCUUGCGUUCUUCGCGAAUAAUCACGCGACAUCAUCAACAGAGCUUCUGCGGCUGGCCGCUGAGAAUUAUAUGCUUGCCCUGAGGCAGAUUAACAAGGCCCUAUCUAGCCGCGAACUCGCGAGUGCUGACUCCACUCUGCAGUCAGUGUUACUUCUUGAUCUGUAUGAAAAGAUUAUGGGCCGCGACCUCAUGUCGGAGCAAUCUUGGCUAGCCCACCUCAACGGAGCUCUGGCACUAAUCAAGGCUCGUGGCUACAAUGACAUGACACGAAGCGAAGUCAGUAGAAAAUUGGCCAACAAACUUUUCACGACGCUUCUCAUCAGCUGCUACAUUGCGUCUCAGCGGAUACCGGAAGGCGUUGCUGAACUGGGGCGGAGACUGGACAUGUUCCACGACAAGGAUGACGCCAAGUGGCGGCUUUCCAAUAUGAACUGUAAGAUGAUCAAUUUCCGAAUCGAUGUCGCAGAGGGAAAAUUGUCCAAAAAUGAAAUUGUCGCUCAGGCUAGGCAGCUUGAGGCCGCUUAUUACGAAAUUGAAGAGACAUCAUCACAGAGAUGGCAGCCUAGGCAUGUCAUGGUAUCGGAGGAGGACCCCGACCGGUCCUCCAUCUUUGGCGAUCACUAUGAUGUUUACAGAGACCAUUUUACAACACAAGUACGCAACACGGUUCGAAUAAUGCACCUCCAACUUCAGUUUUACAUCCAAAGGUCCUUGAUAGGCGACGAGUCCGACGAAGCCAUUCGCAUUCGCUCAGAGUCAGCCGUCCUUACGGAGCGCUAUGCAGAAGAAGUCUGUGCCUCAGCACCUCAGUUCCUUCUCCCUGAUGUUCAUCCAAACAACUGCAUCCCUUUCACUCCCGUCCAGGCUCUGAAAUGCGGCAUUCUCCUCCCGGCUAUGUUUAUAGCUGGCAGUGCAACAACGAACCCCAAGUUGCGCCUUUGGGUAAUUAACACCAUGAGGUUCAUAGCCGAAUCUGGCCAUUUGCACGCCGCAUCGGUAACAGCAAUGAUGUUGGAAGAAAAUCCAAUGCUGGAUUUCAGAUUCAUGUAUGCUAAAUUGGGAGGUGCCACGAUUACAUCGACUGAGGGUUGGGAUGCAGCAAGCAUGACGAGUCCUCCAAAACCAUCUAUUCCCGAACACCACUCCUCCCAGCUGGCAGUGCUUCUCGGCUGGCCCCUAGUCUCCAAGCAUUUGUACGGCAACCAAGCAUCGCUGCAAGACAGCUCACGAUCGUCCAGCUUGACAAGUCCACCAUGCGUUGCCAACCCAAAGGCAGUUUUGGCUCCCAUCUCUCUCUGCCCCGCGGCCUUCCACACAAACUCAUCGCCUGCUUCCCAUAGCUGUUUCUUCGCCGGUAGUGGCGCUAGAAUGAGGUCAGAAGGCAGAUCGCACAUGGCCAUUGGAUCGAAAUAA